AUGAGAGAAAUUGUGCACGUUCAGGCCGGACAAUGCGGAAAUCAAAUUGGAGCCAAGUUUUGGGAGGUGAUCAGCGACGAGCACGGAAUUCAGCCGGAUGGCUCGUACGCCGGCGAUAGCGAUUUGCAAUUGGAGCGCAUCAACGUCUACUAUAACGAGGCGAACGGCGGCAAAUAUGUUCCGCGUGCGGUGCUCGUCGAUCUCGAGCCCGGCACAAUGGAUUCGGUGCGAUCGGGACCGUUCGGACAGCUGUUCCGUCCGGACAACUUCGUGUUCGGCCAAAGCGGAGCGGGCAACAAUUGGGCGAAAGGCCAUUACACCGAGGGCGCCGAGCUCGUCGACAAUGUUCUCGAUGUGAUCCGAAAAGAGGCCGAAGGAUGCGAUUGCCUUCAGGGAUUCCAGUUGACGCACUCGCUUGGCGGCGGAACCGGCUCGGGAAUGGGCACGCUGCUGAUCUCGAAGAUACGCGAAGAGUAUCCGGAUCGCAUCAUGAGCUCGUUCUCGGUGGUCCCUUCGCCGAAAGUGUCCGACACUGUCGUCGAGCCCUACAACGCGACACUAUCGGUUCAUCAACUCGUCGAGAACACCGAUGAGACGUUCUGCAUUGACAAUGAAGCGCUGUACGACAUCUGCUUCAGAACGUUGAAGCUGACGAAUCCGACGUAUGGCGACUUGAAUCAUCUUGUGUCGGUCACCAUGUCGGGUGUCACGACGUGCUUGCGAUUCCCCGGCCAACUCAACGCCGACCUCCGAAAGCUCGCCGUCAACAUGGUGCCGUUCCCUCGCUUGCACUUCUUCAUGCCAGGAUUCGCGCCGCUGUCGGCGAAAGGAGCGCAAGCGUAUCGCGCGCUCACCGUCGCCGAGCUCACCCAGCAAAUGUUCGACGCGAAGAACAUGAUGGCCGCGUGCGAUCCGCGCCACGGUCGCUAUCUCACCGUCGCCGCGAUGUUCCGCGGAAAAAUGUCGAUGAGAGAGGUCGAUGAUCAGAUGAUGUCGGUGCAGAACAAGAACUCGUCGUAUUUCGUCGAAUGGAUACCGAACAAUGUGAAGACGGCGGUGUGCGAUAUUCCGCCGCGCGGCCUCAAAAUGUCGGCGACGUUCAUCGGCAACUCGACGGCGAUUCAGGAGUUGUUCAAGCGCAUCUCCGAGCAAUUCACGGCGAUGUUCCGACGCAAAGCGUUUUUGCAUUGGUACACCGGCGAGGGAAUGGACGAGAUGGAGUUCACCGAGGCCGAGAGCAACAUGAAUGAUUUGGUGUCGGAAUACCAACAAUAUCAGGAAGCCACCGCCGAGGAGGAUGGCGAAUUGGAUGGACAUGAAGCUGACCAGGAAUAA